AAGAAAGCAGGAGUAAUGACCAGGAGGACUGGGGAAGCCUGAUUUCCAAAUUUCAAUUCUGCCAAGCUGAGAGACAAUUGAGAACCUAACUAGUAGAGAUGGAAAACACUGCAAUACUAAGGGAAUGGUUUGAUCGAGUUGACUCAGACAGAAGUGGAAACAUAACAGUUCUCCAACUCAAGAGAGCUCUGUCUGUGGGCAACCUCGAAUUUCCCCUCUCAGUUGUUCAGCAGAUGAUCAGGAUGUACGAUUUCGACAGGAACGGUACAAUGAAUUUCGAAGAAUUUGUUGCAUUGAACAAGUUCCUUCUCAAGGUUCAACAUGCAUUUUCUGAUCUAGAAAGGAAAGUGUUAAAGGCUAUGGACAUCUUAAACCAAGGGAGCAUGACUAGUUUGAAUCUUAUCAUUGUCACUCUUCUGGUUUUAUUUAUAAGAGGCCGUGGUUUUCUUGUGCCUGAAGACGUACACGAGGCAUUGGUCAAAGUUGGUUUCAUGCUGGAUUCUCCUGCUUUUUAUACUGUCUGUGAGAGCUUUGAUCAAAGUAAGAAUGGGAGGUUUCGGCUUGAUGACUUCAUAUCUCUCUGUAUAUUCGUACAGUCUGCUCGGAAUCUGUUUAACUCAUUUGAUACAGCGAAACAAGGCAGAGUCACACUUGAUUUUAACCAAUUCGUGUAUUGCAGUGAGUGCAAACUGAUCGACCUUCUGGUAAUUGUAGAAUAUGAUUCAAAUAUCCGAUCGGCUUCGAAGAUGAUAUGGAUGCUGCAUUUUGUACCGUACCUCCCGAGAUUCUUGGAUCAAAUUUAAUUGUGAUUUCUGCGUAAUAUUUUGAAAAUUUUAUGUAAUUGUAAUUUCCGUUUAAAUUCGUUAUAGAUUUCUCGUGUACGGCGGAUUGUUAUUGACUUAUGACAGGAUGAUGCACUGUGAAGAAUUAAUUGGGAUGACGCUGGAAAAGAUGUGUAAUAUGGUGCAUCAUCUGGAUGUUCGAAUUUUCUUGAA